GCGCGUACGUACGGAUGAGCGUAGCUAUAUGGGGGCGCGAUCAGUAUUUUCCUACUACGGUGCGAGUCCAAAAUGUCAGACGUCGAUAGAUGGAUAGAUAUCGCGAAAGAGUGCAAAUACCUGCCCGAGAAUGAUCUCAAGAAACUCUGUGACAUCGUAUGUGACUUGUUGCUGGAGGAGUCCAACAUCCAGCCUGUGUCCACCCCGGUGACGGUGUGUGGUGAUAUCCAUGGACAGUUUUAUGAUUUGGAGGAACUCUUCCGCAAUGGUGGUCAAGUACCGGAUACGAAUUACAUAUUCCUAGGAGACUUUGUAGAUCGGGGCUACUAUAGUCUAGAGACAUUCACUCGUCUGCUCACACUUAAAGCUAAAUGGUCUGACAGGAUAACACUACUUCGCGGUAAUCACGAAUCUAGACAAAUCACACAUGUUUAUGGAUUUUAUGAUGAAUGCCAAAACAAAUAUGGUAAUGCUAAUGCAUGGAAGUACUGUUGUAGGGUGUUUGAUUUGCUCACAGUUGCUGCCUUAAUCGAUGAACAGGUUCUUUGCGUACAUGGUGGAUUAUCUCCAGCUAUUAGAACACUAGAUCAAAUUAGAACGAUUGAAAGGAAUCAAGAGAUUCCACACAAAGGUGCUUUCUGUGAUUUGGUCUGGUCUGAUCCAGAAGAUGUAGAAACAUGGUCAGUGAGCCCGCGUGGUGCAGGUUGGCUAUUUGGCAGUAAAGUGACUUACAUGUUCAUGGAAGUAAACGACCUUAAACUCAUCUGUAGAGCACACCAAUUAGUUCACGAAGGUUAUAGGUACAUGUUUAACGACAAACUCGUCACAGUGUGGUCAGCCCCAAAUUAUUGUUAUCGAUGCGGUAACAUAGCUAGUAUCCUGCAGUUCACAUCAGUGGAUCAGAGAACACCCGUGCUGUUCCAGGCGGUGCCUGAUUCUGAGAGAGUAAUCCCACCGCUAACAACCACUCCAUACUUUUUGUGAUCUAACUUAGUGGCCCAUCUGUACGGACGUGUGUGGGGGGGAAAGAAGUGUCUCUGUCUAGACUUUACGGAAUCACAUGACUCGGUUGACGGAUCCAGGCUGGUACCAUGACGGAACCUCAAAUUUGUGAGAGUAUAUAAUACAUACACAUGCAAACACAAGUACACAUACACACAAUACACGUAUAUAUAUAUACAUAUAUAUAUAUUACUCUAGAAUUUUAAUUCCCUUUAAAAAAAAGAAACUUGUUUGGAUGCGUUCUACGACCGAAAUGCGAAAUACUUAGAGGACUGAAUUGUCGUGUGAUUACUUGUUCAGGGAAUGUUCUUUAGAUUUUUUAAGAACUUUAUCAAGUUUUAUAUGUUGUAAAGCUAACUUUUAUAUAUAUACAUAGUAUCUGCCAUCGCAUCAGCCUGAUUUUUGUAGUUCGAAAUGGAAAGAUAUUUUGCAUCAUGGAGCAAACGUGAACAUUCUGUGGUCUAGACGCUUUUGCUGUCUACUGUGUACAUUCUGUAGAGCAUUCAUAUCUCAGAGCAGCAUCAUGGACUUUAGUGUUCAAAAGACUAAGAGCUUUUAAAUAAUUUAUGAACGCAAAUAACGAAUAGUCCAAUGCUGUGUGUGAACGAUUAAAUAAAAACAAAAAAGGAAGAAAAGCGAAAAAAAGAUGUACCAUAUUCCAAACAUUCCGGCAAAGUACACUCUCUGAGCACGGUGAAUGCUUCUCUGAUAUUACAAUCGUGCGUAGAAUUCAGGUUUAUUAAAAACGUGAGCAUAUAUAGUACUGUUAAGGUCUUCCUGAACAUGUAAAUGAUCUGUUUCCGGUUUAGGUACUGUGUGUGCUGCGUGCAGUUACUUUCUUCUUCUAGACGCGCAAUCAGUGUUCUUAGCAGUGUAAAUUCGGCUCUUUUUUCGCCGAAGUACAAAUAGCAUGUAGCGGUAGCCAAAGUUUUCCUGCCUAGGUAAGGAAAUCCAAUAGCGGGAUUGUGUACCAUCUCUGUAGAGGAGUUCUCUCGUUUGUUGUUAUGCACAUGACAUUUUUUACGCUUAAUUUUAAGAAAUUCCGAGCUCAAUAACGUCUCUCAAGUGUCUUGACACGCACGUUGCUUAUUCUUUUCGAAACAUUCGCCAUUCGUUCGCCGCACUUCUCAAUUCUACGUGUGUACAGAGCGAUAUUUUCGAACACUUACUAUAUUCUCCGAAUCUUUGUACAGUUUCCGAUAUUGUAUGCCAAAUCGUUGUCGUACGGAAUAAUCGUAAUUAGUUAAUUGUCGUAAGUUCAUUAACGUAGGGAGCAACUUGAAAUGAAAAGAGGAAAAAAAAGAAGAAAUAACCGAGACCCUUAGCAAUGUGCCUCUAAAUUAAUAAGCGUUUCUGUAAUAUAAUGAUACGAUAUCGUUACAUAAUUAAUGAAGUGCACCGGCCAUUGCGUAUCAUAAGCCUGAAUUCUGACCAUCGAUUUUUGCUAGCUCACGAUAAUUCCUAACCCGAUCACAGACCCGACGAAUACACGGCAUUGGCAUUGGCACUGGCUGUCAAGUGGAGACUACUCUAUUUUGAAUUUUGUGAUAUAGAUCGAAGGAGGAGGCGUGUGUAAUGGUCACGUCGAUGUUUAUAACGACACUCCAUGUCGCGGACACUUUGGAAGAGGUCUCGGAGGACCCGGUUAUCUCGAGAAAUGUAAUGGACUUUUGAACAGUGCCUUCAGAACUAUAACACGACGGUCUACUAGGAAGUAAACGCUUUUCUUACUGACAGAUAAUCAUAGACGAACUAACAUAAGGACGAAGGAUCAUACAGGUACCAGAGCUUAAAUGAGGACAUGUGUACGGAGAAAAAUUUUUAUCACACCUAUCCUCCCUUUCACUUUUAUUCCAUUUUGCGAACUGAUCCGCCGUAUUGUGCAAGGGACGUAUCCUCGCUUCUCCACUCGCGAAACUUUUUCUACGGUACCACUUGUGUUUCACGAGAUUUCUUACGAUUAUUCGUUUUACGUGCGCGUAUUCUCAUUACUUUUUAUAAGAAUGCCACGCGCGCCAAUGUUUUAUCUAUUUGUACUACACAUUUACUAUUGUUACUUAAUUAUUGACACUUUACAUGUUUACACCUGUAACGAGAUAUUGCAUUAGAUAGAGAGAGAUUGUUGCACCGAGAACGAGACAAGGAGCUUGCGUUACAAACUCGACUCGCUACAUUUGCAGCCUCCGAGUCGUGAAACGGAGAUGACACGACGUGAAUGACUCUACGCGCGAUACGGGUAUCCUAGAAAUCCUAAAGUAUUAGCCUCUGUAUCUAAAGCUGGGGUGUUCGCGGCGGUGUUCGUCUCCGAAAUGCCUCUGUCUGUGAUCGCUUUAAUCUUAUCGAAGUGUCCAAGCGCUUGCGGCGACGCGAUGUUUCAGGCUGCGCGGAAUAAUGCUCGAUUGCAAAAUCAAUACGCGAGAACGGCUGGAAUUAAUCCUCUGAAAUGAACGAUCUUGAAAGCGGCACAUGAAUCGAUUCAAUCCUUUUAAUCGUUAUAUUUUCGAUUACUUAAACCGAUCGAUGUGCCAUUUUUUAAAUUAAUUCCUCGAGCAAGACGCGGUGUCGGUCUUACGUAUUGACUUUGGAAUCGAACACCGUUCCGCGGAGUGUCACUCGAUAUUAAUCAUCAACAAGAGCUCGCGAAAGAAAAAAACAAAGGAAAUACAACUUGCGAUAGAGAAGAGGAAAAGCGAGACAAGUAACGAGACUAAUUUAGCUUAAUGCUCCGUGCGGGAGCUUGAACACUGCGCAUAAAUCCUUAAAGAUCUCACAGGUAGAACAUCAUUUUGAACGAUCAUCAUGUACCUUGAAAGUAUAGACUUUGUUAUGUUAAUGUAAUGAGAACGUCUGUAAUAAAAAUGCGCAAAAAAUUGCACUCUA